GACACGCGCAAUGAAAGGAGGGCCAUUUUGUUCGGAGGUACGACGUGGCGGCCGGAUUGUCCGGCAAUCCGAAAUUCAAUAUGAUUUUUCCUGCUGUACUACCAUUGGUAUUGGUAGCAUUAUGUAUACAUUCUACAUUCUCAGAAGUGACACAGUCAACAAAUUCUUAUUUGUCUACGGCUGAUAAAAGACGUUUAAAGAUCAUCCUUGAAUCAGGAUUUCAGUUAGAUGAUGUACCAUCAGUUUACUAUGCCGUUAGUGGAUAUAAGCUCCUUGGAGAAGCUAUAUUAAAAACAGAUGCCAUCUGCAAAUACUUGAUACAACACAAUGAUGAAAAUAUCACACCUGAAACUGCAUUUUAUCUUGCGUCUACAUGGAAAGCUAUUGGAGGCUGUCAAGAAUUUCCUACAAAUACUGUUACAAAGAUAUUGACAAAUGUUAUACAGAAGGAUACAUCUACACUUUCUGAUUUAUAUUAUGCAGUAAGUGGAUUAACAGCUUUGUCACAAAAAAUACCUUCUGCCAGAAUCGACAAAUUAGUGAAAUUAAUUCAAGCAGCUUUAAGAAAAGAUGACAGUCUGUGGAAUUUGGGAUAUGUAUUCCACAUUGCUGCGGACUUAGGUACUCCAGCUGCAUUUGCCUUUGAACGUAUCGAAGAUGCUGUUGUACAAGCUGAUGAAGUGGAUGGCCAAUAUCUGCAGUUUGAAGGCGGUCUUUCUAUUACAAGUUUCCUUAUCAAUGGUAUUUUUAAAUUAUCAACCUCAUUAAAAAAGAAACCGCCAUUGAACUUUCAACAGACUGUUAAAUUGGGCAAUUAUCUUCUCUCACGGCGUUCUGUGCAAACUACGAAGGGUGUUACGAAUUUGCUAUCUGCUUUAACUAUCUUAGCAAAUGAUAGUUCUGAAAAGCCUGUUUGCAUAACUUUAGCUGACGGUGGACUCAUUAUCUCCAAUCAGCAACCAUUAGUUACAGUCAAAGUUUGUGAUAUUCUUGGUCAAGCAUUAUCAACUGUGCCGAAAGUUGUUGCAAAUUCCGCCACACGAGUGGGAGAUGACGUCGUUAUUCUCAGCAAUGAGAACUUGCAACCAUCAACAACAGACAAAACUCUAUUCACAAUGAAUCUUAUGAAUGUGAAACCUGACCGUGGUUUUUACAAGGUAUUGGUAACUGCAGCUUCAGUCACGAAUACAAUUACAGUCAAGGUUUUAUCUGAAGCAGUACUGGAUUAUUUGGAGAUUGGUACUGGAGAUGCCGAUCAAACUACUCAACCAAAACUUACAAGAAUAAAUACAGAAUCUUCCUCGGGCAAACUCGAACAUAAAAUAGAAGCUGAUUCUCAGCAAAAGCUAGUCAUGCGAUUUUUAUUGCGUGACUCUGCUAAUAAGAAACCAAUGCGCGUACAUCAAGCUUUCGUACGCCUUAUAUCAGUUUCUACGUCUUCUGAUGACAAGCGAGGUCAUGAAAUCUUUUUCGUCGCCGAACCUGAUGCUGCUCAUGUUUAUAAAUUUGAUAUGCCAGUUGGAACAGCAGCUGCAAAUUUUGGACAUCAAAGCGGAGACUAUAACAUGGAGUUAAUCAUCGGUGAUGCAGUAAUCAGCAAUCCAUUCCGAUUUAAUAUUGGUACAGUAACUCUGAAAUUUCCCGAGCCGACUUUAACGGAGGGUGCUGAUAAGACUACUUACAAACAAAAACCGAAUGUGUAUACUACUAAACCAGAAAUAAAGCACAUGUUCCGCGAGCCUGAACGUAGACCUCCGGCAUUUGUGUCGAAUUUAUUCACAGGGUUAUGUUUGGCACCAAUUUUGUUAUUACUGAUACUAUGGGCUCGACUUGGUGUCAACAUAUCGAAUUUCCCCUUGUCACUUAGCGCAAUUACAUUCCACCUUGGAUUAGGAAGCAUCUUUGUGCUGUUUGGUAUUUUCUGGUUGAAGCUCAAUAUGUUUGUCACGUUGCGAUAUCUUCUUGGUUUUGGCGUUGUAACAUUCCUUGCUGGUAAUAAAAUGCUAUCUCAAAUAGCACAAAGACAUAAAUCACAACGUUAACUUAGACUUGUUUGUGUGAAAACUAUGAGUGUCGCAGUUCAAAAUACAUAAUAAAUAAAAGACUGCUGCUAGGUUCAAAGUGAUUGAUUAAUACGUGAACAUGAUAGAAACUUUAUGUUGUGCUGUUUUUUUUUCACUUGUCAUAAAUGUAUAUAAAUCACGAAAUAUGUGCCUCGUUUAUUUUGUUUCUUAUAUCUUUUUAUGGUCUGGUUUGUUUAAUAAUAAUUAAAUACAGCUUAUAUUUUAUAUCUUAUACUCUUGUAUUGAUAAAUUAGAAUCGUAAUUCUAGAUUGUAAAUAUAAGCUUGAGCUAUAAAAUUUGAUAUAUUUGUUAAACUAUCUUUAUUUGUAAUGUUACAUUUUAUACAAAUAUAGUGAAAGAUUAUAUACAAUGCUGACAACGGCAAAUAAAGAAUGCUGAAGUCUUUUGUGUUUAAAAGAA